CCGUGCUCAGGGAAUCCUAUUUAAGGUCUGCAGCUGUCAGUCGGAGGACACUAGCUGCUCUGCGCUGGGGAAAGGCUUCGCUAUAGGAGAUUACAGCUCUGCGUAAUCAUAGAUCCUCACUGUUACAAUGUCUCACGCUUGGGGAUAUGGAGCAAACAAUGGACCCAACAAAUGGGCUAAAAACUUCCCUGUUGCAAAUGGACCCCGUCAGUCUCCCAUUGACAUUGUACCCACUGCAGCGUCACACGACGGGGGGCUGAAGCCGCUCAACCUGAAGUACGACCCCUCCACCAGCCUUGACAUCCUCAACAACGGACAUUCCUUCCAAGUGACCUUCAAUGAUGAUAACGACAACUCAACUCUGAAAGGUGGACCAGUCUCAGGAGUCUACAGGCUUAAGCAGUUUCAUUUCCACUGGGGAGCUUCUGAUGAUAAGGGCUCUGAGCACACUGUUGCUGGGACCAAAUUCCCUGCGGAGCUCCAUUUGGUGCACUGGAAUACCAAAUACCCAAGCUUUGGUGAUGCUGCUAGUAAGCCUGAUGGGCUUGCUGUUGUUGGAGUUUUCUUAAAGAUUGGUGCUGAAAAUGCUAAUCUCCAAAAGCUUCUUGAUGCAUUUGAUGCCAUUAAGGCCAAAGGCAAGCAGACUCCUUUCCCCAACUUCGACCCUGCCACAUUGCUCCCUGCUUGUCUGGACUACUGGACAUAUGAUGGCUCUCUGACCACACCCCCUCUGCUGGAGAGUGUUACCUGGAUUGUCUGUAAAGAGCCAAUCAGCGUCAGUUCUGCGCAGAUGGCCAAAUUCCGUUGCCUGCUCUUCUCUGCUGAGGGUGAGGUUGAAUGCUGCAUGGUGGACAACUACCGCCCACCUCAGCCCCUCAAGGGUCGCCCUGUCCGUGCUUCCUUCAAGUCACCUCGAGUGAUGAAUCAGUCAAAGGUGAAGCUCUGAAGCUGGCAAGAAGUAAAAGCUAGAUGUGUAUAUACGGGAAGGAUUAAACUAUAUAACCAUCUGUGAAAAGGGGUAAGGUGCCAGUUGUGGACACACAGGACCCUCCCACUGCCAGUCUGUCUAAUCUCUGACCGACUGCCAACCUCUGCUUCACAGCAGCUUAGUGAGAGUCUGCAACAGCCUCCAUUGAUUGAUUCAGAAAAUCCCCCUCUGCCACACACACCCACAGCACAUACAGUCUCAUGCAGACAUGUUGCCUAUAGGCACUGACCUGCUUAUUGAUCCACAUUGUACAACAGCAUACAACAGUAACAGGCAUGAGGCCAGCUUACUGCAAUUAACACUGAACACCAUAACAGUGACUUAUGUUUUUACAGUCAAGUCUUCCAUAUUUCCAUGUACUUGUCAUACAAAGUUGUGCUUUGCUAUCAUCAUGGAUUGUUUUGUUUGUUUGUUUGUUUAUAAGUCUGACAACAUAUGCAAAUUAAGUCUUAAAAGAUUCCCCAGUUAUGUACUGCAACCAAAAACCUUGCUCCUUUUGAUGUCCUGAUAAUAAGGCAGUGGAGAGCAAUGACCCUCCUUGAAAUGUAGUGUGGG